AGGAAAGAUUUAACAGGAAAAUAGAAGAUUUAUCAAUCCGUAUGAGCAAAGUGCAACGGGAUGUAAGAAAAAUUGCAAAAUAUACAGUCAAUGGCGAACAAAUUGAGGCUGCAUUCAACCUUCUGAACGACAUGACUGCAAAGACGCGAAGGACGAUUUCCGUUGAUCCAUUCGACAGCGGCGCACAAGAAAUCACAUUAGAUAAUCUAGCAAAAGCUUUGCUAGUUAUUCAAUCCUUUUAUAGCAACACCAACUGGGUCGAAAUGAAUGGGGAUGUUCACAGUCCAGCCUUUGGUGGGGAAGGUGGCUUGACAGGUAUAGUUCCAGAGUGGAAGGAAACAUGUAACAUCUGCGAUCCACGUGCCAAGUAUGACUGUGUGAAUAACAUUGUUACCACAAAAUUAACAAGUGGAUUUCGGAGUGACCAAGAUAUUAAAAUACCACAUUUGAAUAGAGGCCUAAAAUGCGCACAUGACUGGAAUACUGACAAUAAUAAACUAGCUAUUGGCGGAAUCGGUAAAGAUACUACUGAUUCCACGAAAUCUCCACACGCUGAUUUCCAUCCCGAGGCUGCAAUUGCUGCCAUCCAAGCGACAACUGUCUACCUGUAUCAAAAUGGUAAAGGAGUUUUAAGUACUAUUCCCAUCGACAAUUUCUUAAAACUAUUUGAUCUUUCGUCACGGAAAAAAGAAUCAAAGGGUUCCCUGGCCUUUAUUUUGGACGUCAGUGGAUCAAUGAGUGAGGACAUACAAGCUGCGCGAGACGCUUGUAUUAACAUGGUCACCGCUGUUCAAGGAACACCAAAUGAACCGGCUGAUUACGUUCUAGCGACGUUCAACGACCCAGAGAGCCUUACAACAGGAGAGAGAUUUACGAAUGGGAACGAUAUGAUCAAUAAACUACAUUCUCUAAAAGCUGACGGUGGAGAAGACUGCCCAGAGUACGCACUGUCGGGCAUUUUGCGAGGACUUUCUCUUAGUAAAUCUGGGUCCAAAUUUUUCGCCUUUACUGAUGCCGAUGCCAAAGAUGCAAGCAAAUGGGUCGAAGUCAACACUACUGCGAACGCACUAGGAAUUGCUGUAAAUUUUUUACUGACUGGAGAGUGUCGUCGACGUCGAGCUACAGAUAGAGUAAAACGCGAUGUGGAUGACGUAUACAUACGGAUAGCAGCGGCCACAGGGGGUAAGGUGUAUAAUACCCCAAAGUCUGAGUUACCAGCAAUCUUGGAUACAAUAAUGCACGAGGAGUUGCCCUCGUCUGAUGUUGUGAUCAAGGUUUUACAGAUGGUUCCCUCCAAUAGCAACUGGGACGUUAUAGUUGUUGACCCUACAAUUAGCCUCCUUAAGAUUGUUGUUACUGGCGGAACAUCUGUCGAGGAUAUAACUAUCGAAGAUCCAAACGGUUCUACCUUACAAUAUGAAGCUGGUGCUGCGAUUCGAUAUUUCAAUAAAGGACAAAUUAUCAUAUCCGUACAGAAACCCUUAAUUGGAAACUGGACAAUUAUUCAGACAACUGCAGUUUUAAUGACAGCGCAUGUCAUGGGAUCUUCACCAUUGGAUUUUACUUUUCAAGUAACAGAACAAGAGGAUUUGGGCGUUUCGUACUUUACGGAAGGAAACUUAAUCAAAGGUCAGAAUUACACGCUGUCAACGAAGUUUCUUAAUCUUGCCCACAACUCAACACUUCAAUCAGUUUCUCUCGUGAAUAUUGCCGGAAAAGAGAUUGUAAUGUUACAGACGUCACUCCGUCGAAUGGGGACUGAACUAUUGGCUGUCGUUGAUUUUACCAUGCCAGACGAGAGUGUUCGAAUACAGGUAACAGGUGUUCUUCCAGGCGGAGAAUAUUUCCAGAGGACAAACCUACAAGUGAUAUCCCCUGUUAAUGUGAAGCUUCGAUUAAUAACAAACUUAGAAUCCUUUCCCUUCAAUAAACCAAUCAACAUUACCUACCAGCUGGAAAGUUACGGUUCGAUCAAUCAGACGCUCUUGGUUGACAUAGACACCGAUUUCGGACGUUUGCCUACUGCAUCCUAUACAGUGAGUCCAGGAGAGGUCAAUGAGUACAACUUUGAGGUCACAGGAAAAGCAUCCUAUCAUACAAUGAGAUACACGGUGUCAGUGAGAGAGAUUGGCUUAGAUGUGAUAGAACAAUCCCUAUCGGGUACCGCCUGGUUUGAAGAUCCAGUAUGUGAUGUUAUAUCAAACUACGGCGCAUGCCCAGAGACAGUCAAUUCACCUGUUUCAUGUCAGUCUUUCACGUGGUUAAGUCAAGCAGUUUUCUCAGCGGAAGUUACGUCAUAUCGAAUAUCGGCAAACAAUUCAAUCGUUCAGAUAGCUGAAUUUGACACCACUCUUGAUGGGAAGGUGUAUGUAAAUGUGAGUGGUGACUGUUGUUCUCCGUCUGUGUACCUGAACACUUUCGGAUCUGACGACCUGAUGAAUGGGCAAUGUGAGUUUAACUUUGGCUCCAUACCAACCAUCACAAUUAAGGGUACGACACCUACUGAGUUUAGCACGAAUUGGACAACAUUUGGAUGUGUCUUCGGUGCGGUUGUUAUCUGUCUUAUCAUAUUUGGAAUUCUAGCAUUAUGGUGCCGAAAACGUACUGGAAAAUUACACAUAACAGAUUUUGAAACCAUGUAGAAUGCAAUGCUUUUAUCAGCAAAACAGAUUGGUGUUUUAUCAACAGUACUGGAUGGUGUAUGAACAGUCCUGAAUGGUGUAUAAACGACACUGAAUGGUGUAUAAACAGUACUGGAUGGUGUAUAACAGUACUGGAUGGUGUAUAAACAGUAUUAGAUGGUGUAUAAACAGUACUGGAUGGAGUAUAAACGACACUGAAUGGUGUAUAAACAGUACUGGAUGGUGUAUAAACAGUACUGGAUGGAGUAUAAACGACACUGAAUGGUGUAUAAACAGUACUGGAUGGUGUAUAAACAGUACUGGAUGGUGUAUAAACGACACUGAAUGGUGUAUAAACAGUACUGGAUGGUGUAUAAACAGUACUGGAUGGUGUAUAAACGACACUGAAUGGUGUAUAAACAGUACUGGAUGGUGUAUAAACAGUACUGGAUGGUGUAUAAACGACACUGAAUGGUGUACAAAACAGUACUGGAUGGUGUAUCAAUUUAAGUAGCAAUAAUUUGUGUCAUCAGCUAGCUGUUACAAAUGUGUUGAUUGUUUUCUACUAAACCAUAAAGUGAUAGAUACAUCAUUUGAUCAUUUUUCUUAGGUAAACUGUGUUUUUAUUUGCAUGUUUUCUAAAGAGAAAUAGCUCUGGUCACAUUUGUUAUAUCAAAGAACAAAGUGAGAGGAUAUAAACACCAUAAAUGAAUGCACAUUUAACUGCCUGAUUCAGAGCGAAUCUGAAGCGAGUUUUUUAAUUAGGUUUUAUAUUUUGUAUAUCUUUACAUGCAAAUAACGUACAUUAAACAAGACUUACACAUCCACAUGAAACCGAGUUGCAUCAUCAUCAUCAUCAUCAUCCUCAUCAGGUGACAGCCGGAUGGUGCCUCUUUCACCUUUCAGUGCGGUGUGUGAUUUCCUGCCGGGAUAUGCUUAUGAAGUUGAACACUUUCUGGACCACACGGGUUUCCCGCGAUAUUUUUUAUUUCUUCUGACGGUGCAGAAAGAGCGAUUAACACAAGGUGAAAUAACGAUGGCAUUUUAUAUAUAAUUCAGAGAAUAGAAAUUUAUGUAAUUAAAAAGAAAUGUUUUUUUGUGAAAAGACGACUGAAGACAUUACUGUUAAGACAUACUGAAAGGCAGUGCUUAUGUAUGUUUACAAGUCGUCAUCAAUUACAUGAAAAUAAUUCUCUCCAUCUUUCUUCUUUUCUCUAACCUAAUGAUGAUGUUCUUGCUGUUUAACAAGUCAUCAACAGCUUUUAAACUUUUUUUGAUAAAACAAUGUUUACGCGGAGUCAUCGAUGUCGUAAUUGUAUAAACAUUUUCAAUUGUGGAACUAUUCCGACCAGCAUUUGUCCUGAUAUUAUAAGUUAGAUAGUCACUUACUAUAUAUUUUACUGACCCUCUGUUGCUCUAUAGAGGGUCAGUAAGUGACUAUCUAACGAAUUUAUCGUAUCAAGGACCCUUUUCAUACAUUAACCACCCCUGUAUCUAUAACAACGCAAUCACAAUUUAACAAACCAGUCUGACAUCAGUUCCAAACAGUAACUUCAAAAUAAAUCCCUUAGUUUGAAAUAGAUCUCGAUAUGGCUCAAACUUUUCUUAAAAAUGGGAUAAAUCUCGUCUUAUUGAUGUGGACUGAACGAUUCUGUGUUUUGUUUUCUUUCCAAUAAAUAAUCCCUGAAGCACUCAGCUGCCAUUUGGUUAGCCUUUAAGGUC